UCAUAGACGUUAAAAAUAAACCUCUGAACUUGGUGUCUAGAAGGAUGCAUUUGUGGAUUUUGCAAUGCGGAGUAGUACGAUCAAAUAAGCAUUCGUUCCUUGUUUCCAGAGGACCCCAAAUGAUAGACGGACUAGUGUAUCUAAGCGUGCAAAAUUUGACGUAGCCACGUCGCUUCUCACCUAUGUACACAACAUUACAGGAUGAACUUAAACUUCUUCCCGACGUUACCUAAUUUGGAAGCGUCGUAGCCAUAUAGGCUACAGCUAUUACAUUACUUCGGGCAAAUAAAUAUCGUUGUGUACAGUCAUUCAAACUAAAGUCCACCCUCAAUGCUGUCGAUAUGAAAUUGUUAUUUCUAGCUUGCCUCAGCCCCAAAACUGGAAACUGCACAACAGCUGAGCGAAUAAGGGCACAUAUUGAAUCGGCAGGUCACACGUGUGAGCUUCGAGAUGCAGCGGAUUUCAAGUCCUCAACCGACAUGGCGAAUUUAUUAAAACAGAUGCCUCCAUUCGAAGGUGCAAUUGCUAUUCAUCUGUUCAAGGCUGGAAGGCUUCUACUAGACAUCCAAGUGCCCUAUGGAAUUAUCUUUGGAGGAACAGACAUUAAUGAAGAUGUGAAAGUUGAGCAGAAGCGGUUGAUUAUGGAGCAGGUGCUGCUGAAAGCCAGGUUUGCUGUGGCAUUUACUAACAAACUGAGAGAAGAAGCUACUUUUUGGCUUGCCCAGAGCGGUAUAAUUUACAUCCAGCCCCAAGGAAUCAGUACGGAAGUGGCGGAGAGCUUCUGCUGGAAGGAGUUUCUGACAAGCUCAGGUGUGGCUGAGCGGAGUGCAGAGGAGGAUCUGCGGGUCUUCCUGCUGGUCUGUGGGCUCAGGAGAGUGAAGGAUCCCCUGUAUCUCCUGGAAGCCUUCUCAGAAUGGCACCGCCAGGAUCCCCUCACAGUGCUGGUCAUAAUCGGGCCGAAGAUUGAUCCCGUGCUUACGGAAGAAGUUGAAGCUGUAACUAAAAGGUCUGCGGGGGUCUUCCUGGCCCAGGGCCGGAGCCAGGAGCAGCUCCACGCAGCCAUGAGGAGGAGCGUCGCCGUGGUCAACACCUCCAUCUCAGAGGGCAUGUCGGCGGCCAUCUUGGAGGCCAUGGAUCUGGGUGUCCCCGUCAUAGCCCGGAACAUUCCAGGGAAUGCAGCCGUGGUGCAGCAUGAGGUCACUGGUCUCCUCUUCUCAUCUCCUCAGGAGUUUGUGCUCCAGUCCAAGAGGCUGUUGGGGGAUGGAAACCUGCGGGAGGGAGUGAGGAGGAACGGAAAGAUCUACGUGAAGGAGCAUCACAGCGUGGUCCAGGAGAGAGAGACCUACCAGAGGUUGGUGAAGACUCUGUACUGAGCGGACAGGCUCCACACCUCUAACAUCUAACAGCCCUGCCUCCUCUCAGGAACCCCCUCUUUACACCCUGUGUUUGUGCUCGUAAAUGAAUUCUCUCACACAGGCCUCCGAAGCCAAGGAUUGUUUACAACCGAAGCACUGACAUCAUGUGGGGCUGAGAGAGAGAGGGAUGGAUUCACCCAUAAAGAGAGGAAUAACUUUUAUGUCCCGUGUCACUGAUGUCCAAGUGUUUUCAAUCUCUCAGGCUUUAAAUUACUCCCCCCACGGAACGACUCAAGCAGCGCAAUCUAACCUGAUCUGCCGAACGCACUGUAAAACUCUGCUGUAGGGCACGAUCAAGCCAAAGAACAACAGCCAUCUUGUUGGUUAUUCAUGUGCAAUAAAAAUGCAUUUGGAGUGCGCUGCUGCUUUCAUGUUUACAUACUUGAUGAAUGUAAGAUCUGGGGAACACAUAUUAGGGCUUUUACUCAUUCAUGUUUUGCUCUGAGUAUAUCUAUGACAAUGUAUUGUACUAUGCCUAAUAAAAUACAAAAAUCGUG